AUUGUGCCAAGUUUGUGAAGUUAACCUAUAACUUGUCCUCGUGGCCGGCAAAGAUUCCUCAGAGUUACUCAGUGUUCGUUCGGUUCAACUUAACCGCGAGCAGCAGCGUAGCCCGCAGCGUCUGAACACGUUGUGACGUUCGGAGGACUCAUGCACCAUCUAGGACAACAAGGUUUCUGGCCCACAGUAGAGGCCAACGACGCUAGACGCCCCAGGGCGGACCCCGAUCGCACUCUUACGACAUCUCCUCGACGCUCGGACAGCUUUUUGGACGGGGAGAAGACCGGAGCCGCCCUGCUGCUCUCGGGAGCGCUCCUCGCCCUGGUGGGUGUCACCUUCACCGUCAUAGGCUGGAAACACUACCGGGGCAACCUCGGCUUCGAGUGGACCCAGCUGCUGGGCCCCAUCCUGAUCUCGGUCGGCGGCACCUUCAUCCUCACCAGCGUCUGCAAGUUUUGCAUCAUCUCCUGCUGGCCCUGCGCUCAGCGGCAGGAGGAGGACGAGGAGGACGACGAGGAGGCGGCUACGGAGAUACCUGCGAGGCCACAAACCUCAAGGGACGGUCCGUUUCUGUUUUGCGGCAUAAAUCAGCCAGUCGUGCUGCAAAGCUCCACGGGGAUGCUGUGCAUUCCACCUGCAUAUAACUUCAUAAACCAGGAAGCGCGUCGUCCCGUAAGCUCUAUGCACGGAGGGGUCCACCUUGCGGGCCCUCCUCCGUAUGACGCUGUGUUUUGUGUGGAGAACGCAGCUUUUGCAGCAGAAGAAGAGAACUCAGCUGGCAGCACGGAAACAGACCAAAGAAGAAGAAGCACACAGAAUACGGAAGAGGACAGAGGACGGAGGGACGGGGGCGGCUCCACCUGCUCACGUCCACCUGCGUACGAAGACAUCUACCCCUCGUUUCACAAGCACGGUCCAACAUGAAUGCGUACCCGAGACUUGUUAGAAAUGCAAAACUGAACCUGUUUCAUUUGGAUAGCUUCUACGUUUAACUGCCCUCACGCAGCUGUUUACACGUAUACCUGCCAUAAUAAUUAAGUAUGAAGUCAUAAAAUCCACUAAAGAUGAGGCUCCCGGCAAGAAAAACCUCAUUAAAUGGAGAUUUAUGAAGAACCCCAGCUCACUCCGAGGGCUUUUUGGAAACUUAGAAAUACUACAUUUAUAUUCGGCUUAAGAAACACACAUUGUCUCCCAAAAAGCUGCACAAACCGCCGCACAUGCCCAUUAAAAUGUUGGCAGGGGGAAACGCAGGCGGCCACUAUCGACUGAAACAAACAUGGAGACAAUUUAGCAGAGAUACUUAUGUUUUUUUUUUGUUUUUUUUUUGUUUUUUUUUUGUUUGGUUGUUGUUCUACACUGGAGAAACUUCACAUCAAAAGAGAAAAAGAAAAAAAAAAGAUAAUGUUCAUUUUCAGUUUGGUUAUAAUUGUUUGCAUAUUGCUCGUGUUUGCCAGUGAUGUCUGAGGAAAACCAUGAAAAAUCUGAACUUGCAGCCUCAGAAGGCGGCGAACGCAGGACCAGUACAACUUCUACUGAACAACAAUAAAAAGGAACAAAAAAAAAAAAAAAAAGAA